AUGCUCUUCCACUCAAAUUUCUUAGGUUCCGAUGCCCCGCACUCGGUGUUUCGCUCUGUUAUAGGUUAUCCUCGUCAUGGCGGAAUCGACAUCUUUGGCAAUACGGGUAUCUUGAUCGGCGAUGCAGCUCUUUCCCGCUCCGAAGGCACACUACAUUCUGCAAUCGAAGCAGGCGUCAUUACAAACUGGGACCACGCUCAAAUGCUCUGGAAGCAUGCCUUCGACCAUGAGCUCAAUAUCGCCAUGGGCGAUAACUCUGUACUCCUCACCGAACCAGUUGACAUUCAUACCCCAAUUCGGCAAAAGGUAGCGCAAAUUAUGUUUGAAGAUUUCAACGUUCCCGCACUCUGCAUUCGACCAACUGCAAUGCUAGCGCUACAGGGUGCUGGGCAAGUAACGGGCAUGGUAUUGGAGUCGGGCGCUGGAAUGACACAGUCUGUUCCCGUCCACGAAGGACAAGUGCUUCGGCAAGGAGUUCGCAAGGCUGCGUAUGGUGGUCGCGACAUCACUGAUUUCCUCGUAUUGCUUCUUAAAAACCGCGGAUACGAAUUGAAGACUCGCGGGGAACGUGCCAUUAUCGACGAAAUGAAGCAGAAGCUGUGUUUGAUCACUGAGGACUUUGCUGUAGAGAUGGCGAACGGCGCUGAGCUGGAACCAAGAGAACAUACCAACGCGCUUCGCUACGAGCUGCCUGACGGCCAGACUAUCACGAUGGGAACUGCAAGAUUCGUUGCUCCUGAGGCACUUUUUCAGCCAUCACUUAUGGGAUCGAAUCAAACACCGGUUCACGACACCAUCCUUGCCUCCCUAGCGUUUUCUGACCAGUCUAUCCAACCAAACCUUGCCAGUAACAUCGUCCUCUCCGGUGGCAAUACAUUGUUUCCCGGCUACCACGGCCGUUUGAUGAACGAAAUUGCGCGUUCUGCUCCGUCAGAUCUUGUCUCGCAUGCAAGUCAACUGUUCUUAAAAUCUUGUUCUCUGGGUCGCCAUUAA